AUGCGGGACGUGCUGGGGGGGACCCUGUGGGACAGCCCGGCCUGGGAGCAGGCCAAGAGGAAGCUGGACCUGGAGGGCCCCGAAUUUCGUACACCCAAGGGGAAGGGCAGGACACUGGCGCAGGUCGCCAGCCCCAGGACCCCCAAGUCUCCCGGGGAGAAGACUCGUUAUGACACCUCGCUGGGGCUACUCACCAAAAAAUUCAUCCGUUUGCUGAGCGAGUCGCCCGACGGCGUCGUGGAUCUCAACCGGGCGGCCGAGGUGCUGGAGGUCCAGAAACGGCGCAUCUACGACAUCACCAACGUGCUGGAGGGCAUCCAGCUCAUCCGCAAGAAGUCCAAGAACAACAUCCAGUGGAUGGGGACGGGGAUCUUUGAGGACGCAGCGGUGACGGCGAAGCAGCAGGCAUUGCGGGGGGAGCUGGCCGAGCUGGCCAGGACGGAGAGGACGCUGGACCAGCUCCUGCAGGACUGCGCCCUGCAGCUCCGGCAGCUGGCCGACGACGAAGCCAACCAGAGGCUGGCGUACGUCACCUACCAGGACCUCCGCGCCAUCAGCAACUUCCAGGAGCAGACGGUGAUCGCCGUGAAGGCUCCUCCGGAGACCCAGCUGGAGGUGCCGGACUUCAGCGAGGACAAUCUCCAGCUCCACCUGAAGAGCACCAACGGCCCCAUCGAGGUGUACCUCUGCCCAGAGGAGAUCGCGGAGGAGAGCCCCACCAAGGACCACGGUGUCCCCUCUGCUGCCGUCUCCCCACGGGACCACGCCGUACCCCCUUCCCUGCCGAACAGCCCCGGGCCAGCCCCACAGCUGCCCCACGGCGUCCUCCAGAGCUGGGGGGGCACAGGAACCCCCUCCUCACCCGCAUCGCUGCCUCUUACCAUCCCGGGGGGGCCCAGCUCGCUGCUGGAGGUGGAGGCCGGGCUCCUGGGCUCACCCCCGCACCUCCUGCAGCAGACGGAGGACCAGCUGCCCUGCGCCCCCUCCCACCUGGACUCGGGACCCUUCGUCACCUUCUCGCCCCCCCUGGAACAGGAUGACUAUCUCUGGGGGCUGGAGGGGGAGGGCGUCAGCGACCUCUUCGAGGCGUACGACCUGGGGGACCUGCUGAAGCACUGA